UUGGCGGGUGAGCGGCCUUUGUAGUUUGAUCAGGUGCGUGGCGUCGGAAGGUUCUCACGGUGAGACGUGCCGUUAAAUUCCCGCUCAAGCCGCUCGCGACCUCCGUACAAGUAGUCGGUGACGUCACCGUGUCCAUGACCGCCAUGUAGGAGAACAACGACAACAGAGCCGCCAUUAAGUCAUGUUGAGAAAAAGUUCCCGCCUGGAGUCGUCGGGCUACUACAGCAGCGACGGGCAGCCCGUCAUCUCCUACAAAGAGACGCCGUACAGGUAAGCAGGAGGCUGUGGACUCGCUAUCGGACUACUCGUCCCCGCAGAGCGGCCUCGGACGACGACGAGGCCAAGGACGACCUCCCGCUCUCGGACAGCCCAGCCAGGACCGGCAGAGUCCUCCCCAGAAUAGACGGCGUGCUGCGAUUCGCGCGCAAAUAUAUCAUCACCAUUUUGAUGGGUGUCCUGUGGUUCCUGUGCGAGCCCUCCAUUCGCCAGAUGACGGGCUUCCCCGCCCCUUCCUACCUGUUCUCGGAGGGCGGAGCUGAGCUGCCGGAGGAGUUUUCCAAAAUGUACAACGACGUGCUGGAGCGUCUGAAGGCCUUCGAGCAGAAGGUGCUGGAGAUCGACGACAAGCCGCCGCCGUGGGCCAGCAUCCCCAACUUCGCCCUCAAGUCAGCAGGAGCCAGUGUCCUGUGCGCUGCCACCUCCAAGGCCUACAAGGCCAAGAUCAAGACCGUGUCCGUCCUGGGCUUCCAGAUCAGGUACCCCGAGGCGCUGUCGGCCAGCGUGGUCAUCGAGGGCAAGUCCGAGCUGAUCCCAGGGAACUGCUGGGCCUUCUCGGGUGACCAGGGUAACCUGACUAUGGUCUUGUCACACCCGGCUUUGGUGCAGCACGUCACCCUGGGUCACAUCUCCAAACGCAUCGCCCCCACCGGCUCCAUCCCGCACGCCCCCAACCUCUUCUCCGUCUAUGGAACGGAGACACUGGACUCAGCGGGAAUCAAACUGGGAACCUUCCAUUACAACCAAGAAGGAGAAAUGUUCCAGAACUUCAUCAUACCUGAGGAGCUACACGCCCUCAGCAAGUACGUGACCCUAAGUAUCCAUAGCAACUGGGGCGACCCCACCUUCACCUGCGUCUACAGCUUCUGGGUGCACGGGGCGCUGGCCUCCUGAGGCGGGGAGCACACCUGUGUCCCAAGCACACCUGUCGCACACCAGUGUGCAGAGCCGCCCGCCGCGCAGCGCAAAUCUGAUCAAGUAAGCGCGCUACCUCCACACAGCGGCCAUCAUUAGAGGGCGGAGCCUUCUGGAAGGACGCACGGUGGGAGUGGACUUUUCCCUCCGCUCCUUUUGCACUUUAAAGACACGCAUUUUUAUCUUUACGCAAUACUAUGUAUUCUUCAUGUGGUCUUGGGUCUGUACGUUAGUACUGUAAUAUAUAUAUAUGUAUAUAUAUAUAUAUCA